AUGCCCCGUCUCCCCCCCUCUCUCCUCCGCCAUGCAUACAGCCUACAUCCCCUCUUCCCCCUCCUCCUCCGCGAAUGCAGAGACCUACCCUCUGCCCAGAAUGAACUAAGGUGGUUGGGUGAGCAUGCGCUUGCUGAGUGCCGUCGGAAACGAAAUGGAGGGCGGGAUGACCGGAGGGAUCUUCAGGGAGACGAAAGAUCAAUGAUGAUGCCUGGGAGGUUCAAAAGUAACGGCAAUAGCAAUAGCAAUGUGAACGCGUGUGUACGGCUGAGGCUUCGAGAAAUGGUACGGCAGAGAGCACGGGGGGUACCACUGCAGUACAUCCUGGGUGACCAGCCAUUUGGCGAGUUGGAGAUCCUGUGUCAGAGGGGUGUGUUGAUUCCUCGACCAGAAACAGAAUCCUACACAACGCGCACAGCAAACCUGCUUCUUUCCAAAUUCAAAUUCAAAUCCGAAUCAGACAAGCACCCGCCAACACUCCGCAUCCUCGACCUCUGCACUGGCACCGGCUGCAUCCCGCUCCUCCUCCACUCGCUGCUCGCCCCUGCAUUUCCACAGCUGCAGAUAUGCGGCGUAGACAUCAGCGCCCGCGCUCUGGAGCUGGCUCGGGAGAAUCUCGAACAUAACAUCAAGCUUGGAGUCUUGAGUGAGAGGGCGAGAAAUGAGGUCUCUUUUAUAUGGGGGGAUGUGCUUUCGGAUCUUGGAUCUGAUGGUAGCACGCGGGUGUCCCACGGGGUACGCGGAAGGGAGAUGGAAAUGGAAGGCAUGCUUGUGGAUUUCGCCGCGGCUGCUCCCAAUCACAGGAAAAGGGACAUCAGUUCAGCGCAGCCGUUCGAUAAUGGCAGUGAAGCGGCUUCAAAGCAACAGAGGCCUGCGCCUCGCCUAGACACAGACACAGACACAGAGACAAAGACAAUAACAAUCCUCCUCUCCAACCCGCCCUACAUCUCCCCCACCCAGUUUAGAAACGGGACCACAUCCCGCAGCGUGCGCAUGUACGAGCCGAAAUUAGCCCUCAUUCCGCCUCCUAUAGUAAACGCUGACAUUACAAGAUGCGUUAGUGUUAGUGAUUCAUCUACUUUAAAUAUCACUACCGCCACUUCUGCUCCUGCGUCCAGGCAAGAAGAAAUACAAAACGUCAUCAUCACCGCGAGACGGGAGGAUGCAUUCUACCCUCGCAUCCUCGCGCUCGGUUGCGCGGAGUGGGUGGAUGCUGAUCUUGUUGUGCUUGAGUGCGGGGAUAAGAGGCAGGCGGGGAGAGUUGGGGAGAUGGCAAGGGUGAUUUACGGGGGGUUAGCAGGGGAGGGGAGGGUGGAGGUUUGGAGGUGUGAUGUGGAUGAUGAAAAGUUGCAAGGUGAGGACUGGCAGGAUGGGGAGGGAGCUAGGGCAGUUGUUGUCAGAAGGCGGAUAUGA